AUGUGCAAACGGAGAGCUUUGGGACCAGACCUGGGGCCCCCAGCAAGCACCCAAUACCUCGAACUGGCCCUAGGCAAAGAGCACGCUAAGCGGACAGCCCGCUUUCUACUGGCUACAAAACGACUCACAUACCUACUUCCAUCGGUACCGAUACCCGACGACGACAGCGAAAACGGCGAAUAA